CACAUUCUUUGUCUCUCAUCUCCCCUUCUUUCUCUCUCUACUUUCAAAACUUCCUUUCUCUCUCCUCUUUUUUCCGGCCACCUUCCACCACCCCUUUCAACCCAAUUCUAGGCCCACUCUAAGGCCCGCUUUUUGGCCCACCUCCCUCUUUUUUCUCUCUCCUCUUUAUUAUUAUUAUUAUUAGAAAAUUACCAUUUUGUCCUCGAAGUAUCCAAUUAAAAUUCCCACUUGUUUGAUGUAGCUAUCUUCCUCAAAAAAAAAAAAAAGAAUUUAAAAUUUGUGGGAAAGUGGUGUGAAUUUACUUUUAUACCCCUAGAAAGAAAAAAAAAAACGGACGGUGAGGAUGAAUCACACAAAUCGCAGCGUUAUAACAGCCACACGAAAGCGCAAAGAUAGAGGAGAGAUAGAAAACUCGUCGUUUUACACACACAAGGGUAGUUUUGGAAAUUCUCAUAAAUCAUUAUUAUCCAGUAAUAAUAAUAAUAACAACAACAACAAUACUAUUACGACGUCGUCUUCUUCAGUUUCAUCUAACCGGCUUUUAGCCGGCUACAUGGCUCAUGAGUUUAUAACAAAGGGCACUUUAUUUGGGCAGAAAUUCGACCCGGCUCGAGCCGAAGCUAUUCCAGUCUCAGCCGCCGAGCCGAAAAGAAAACCGCCGGUUCAAGUUGAAUCAGGGUUAAAAUCUAACCGUAGUUAUGCUGAGGUGGCACAACUUUUAAAGGGUGAUGGGACCCACAUCCCUGGAAUUGUCAACCCUACGCAACUCGCUCGUUGGAUCCAGAUGUGACCCGUUUACCCGAAUCCACAUUCGUCUGUCACUCUCUUUAUGGUCACAGCCAGGUCACGGUAUAAAACCUCCCACACCCUUUUUUUUUUUUAUAAAAAAACCUCAACACUAGCAUAGUACGGACGAUUCGCCGGAAAAAUGACGUGGCUGAUUUUUAUUUAAAAAAUAUCUGUUGUUUUGUUAAUGUUAAAGUAUUUAUAUAUAUGUUAGUAUAUAUAUAUAAUGCAAAAAUGAUUGUAUUAUGUAUUAGUAGUAGUUAGUAGUAUGUUACUAUAUGUUGAUGGUAUUACAUUUGAAGUUUGUUUUAA